AUGUCUCACGAGAGCUCAAUCGUCUCCUCAAUCCUCACAUCCACAGUCUCCGGCGUUGUCUCAGGUCUGUCGCCCGCAGCCAACCUCCAACAUGGCUUCCUCCGCCUCCCUGGAAAGGAGUCAGCCAAGCUAGCAUACACAUUUUGUAAAAGUCCAAGCAACGACCCCGUAGCAACUCUUAUCGUAUUCGUCAACGGUCUUAUGCUCCCUCGCUCACCAUGGGAAGCUGUGAUGCAUCAUUUUUAUGGCGAAUGCUUAGACGCAGCCGUCCCAUGCCCCCCAAUGCUAUCAUAUGACCGCUAUGGCCAAGGAGAUUCGGAGCAAGAUCCUAAGGAUGCUACAUCUGAGAAAGAGGAAGGAUAUGGACAUGAUGUAAUGGAUGCAGUAGACGAUCUCCACGGUAUUCUGCUACACCUCGGCACGGACAAGUUCGGCCAUAUCAAGCUGGGCACAUCGAAGCUGAUACUGGUAUGCAACUCGAUCGGCUGUGCCAUAGCUCGACUAUUCGCCCAAAGGUAUCCAAGCACUGUCUGUGGUCUACUGUUCUUGGACUCGAUCAUCGCAAACUCGGAUCUUGUGUCGUUCAUACCAGAUCCGGACGCACCGAACUUCAAAAAGGGGGAACUGCCGGACGGAGUCACCCUUGAGAUGCUGCGUGAGACGCGAAAGAAGUUUAUGAAGAUCUUCCACCCCAGUGUGAAGAAUGCAGAGGGUCUGGAUCGCAGAAGUCUGCCCAGUCUACUACCUAGUGCGCAUGGCCCGAAACUCGUGGGUUUGAAAGGAAAUAGGCCGUUCUUAACGGUCGUAGGUCAUGACCCUGAGAAAUUCGCGGAGGAUGGAGAGACUGGUUCUUUGGAAAUACCCAGAGCAAUCACGACGAAUUACCACAAUCCUUUCUGGGCGAAGUAUAACCAGGACCUCGUACAUAUCACAGACUCUGCGGCUGCCAAGGGGCCGAUCACUGCGGAGCUAUGUGGUCAUUUCAUCCAGCGAGAUGACCCAGUACAGGUUGCAAGGCUACUUUUUAGAUUGGUGUCGUCUGUUCGAGAGCAUGGCUGGUGA